AAGAACAUUAAUUCAGUUAUGGGCGAUUCUUUGCUUUGGAUGCGUGAAGAUGGUCAGUGCUCUGUCGAAGCGAUAACAAAGUUGCACUAACAGCAAGCAUCUGCCACCAAACUGACGGUGCAGUACCAAGUCACGACAGGCCCUUAGUUACCUUAAAUAUAAUUGAAGGUACCGUAAAUAUAUCGCAGAGAUUCACACGAAUCCUGGGGUCUGCCAGACUCUCGGUACGUUACCAGUCAUCAGUCGUCUACAAAAGAACAUUUCUUCGGAACCUCACAUUCUCUGGGGGUUUCGAUUUAAAAGUAAUGUCCAAGACAGCUGUGCAGUGUUGUUGUUCUAAGUAACAUUCGUACUUCAGCUCUCUUAACUACAGUGCUACAAAAUAUAUGAACUUCGGCUAUUUAGUACGUUGAACUUGAUAUCAGUGUUACAGGACUUUUUGAAUAUUAUCACGUAAUUUGUGACUAUUGGAAUAUUUGUGUCUUUGUGGCAGUGGGUGGAUUAUCGUGUUCGGUGUUAACCAACUAGCAAAAUAUUCGGUUACUAAUUCUGUGUUAACUCCUGUCAUGACAUCAAAACUACAGGUGAAGUUAUAUUAAAUAAAAUCUCGAACUUACGAAUAAAUUUUUUUCUACAAAUGUAAUUACGUAGAGAUACGGACUGCGUCGAAGGAAAUCUGGUCUGUUUUCGGGAUAAAUUUCUUGUGUAUGUGGUAAGAAAUCAGAACUUGUUAGGACAUUGUGUUAUAUGUAAAAUUUUGUGACGUACAUCAGCUUUCUACAAAGAGACGAUCAUGGUACCGUAAAGUUAUCAUUAUGACAAUUCCUGCAAUAUUAUUUUUAAGAUAUGUCGUCAAUCCACACUGUUUGCAUAUUAUUUCAAGACCAGCUAUGAAUGGAUUAUGCUAGGGGCGUGAAAAGUGAUUUGGUACAAAGUUACCGAGCAUUAUUUAAGAGAAAAAUAUUAAUACGUCGAAAAGGAUAAUUGAACUUGUAGUUUUAUCUGGAAUUAGUAAACGUCAGAACUAGUAGCAUUUAUGUUGAAGAAAUCUGGUCAGGAUAUGCACUUUAAACAUAAUAAGGAUCUCUCUUAUGAUAAUAUAUGAGCUACAUAUUUCCAAAUUAGGUAAAGUUUUGCUAAGAAGUGAGGUAGCGAAGAACUCUAAGAUUGUUAGCACUUAGGAAAUAUAUAAAACUAUUUUUAUAUAAAAAGUGAAGAAACCAUGAAUUGUCGCUAAUAAACAAGUGAGGAACUAUUGCAUUGUCAAAUAUUUAGAAAUUAAAGGAACCAAAGUUUAUCAAUAAUUAGGACUUAAAGAAGUCUUACGUACGGAGUGACGUAAGCAAUGAAAUAUGCUACCAAGUUUAUAGGAAAAAUCAUGUUUAGAAGUGUAAAUAAAUUACUUGAUUGGCGGGGAUCAACUAGUAACACUGCCACCAUGAGAGGAUGAAAACACGCCCUGAAGAUGGACUUAGUGCGAUGCGAAGGCGCGUCUUCGGGGGCUUCUGGUGCCAUGGUCUUGCGACCUCUGCCACUGGAUUGCCGCGUACCUGGAAUUAUUAUACCGCCUCCUUCAGGACCAUCUCUACAACACUACGUCUACAACAACCCUUCGGCUUCUGGAGACGAAAUGUUCUCCCCAGGGCGCAUCCUGACGCCGACGUCCAUCGUCACAGGAUAUGCCGAAGAUGAAGUGAGACUGUACUCUUCGCCCUUAGGUCUAGAGAACUUGAAGACACACGGCAUCAGCCCAAUGAGGAUAUCAGGAAGCAACGAGGACUUUACAACCUCGUCUCUUCUGUACCGACAUCGAGAAUCUUCCCCUUUGAGAAGUGAUACAAAACGCUGUGUUGUUGACACUGAUAAUUUGGGGGAUAUAAAAUCUGAUAUUAGCUCCCCGGUGAAAAGGCAAAUUUCGGAUUUUGGAACUCCUGACAACUACUCAGUCUCGACGCUUUACCGAUACCGCGAAUUGUCCCCCGUUACAACUACGGGUUAUGACGGGAAACAGUACUCUAAGUGCCUCGUACUGGAUGGUUCCGUCAGUGGUACCAAUGGUUCGUAUUCUAUGAAUAAAGAAGCAGACAAGGGAAGAGAUUUGUACAGGCACCAAGACACGCUUUCUCAAGACAGGUACAAGGGGCUGUCCUUGUGUGAUGUAUCUGCCAACACGAGCAACGAUAGAUCUGGAAACAGUAACACGAUGUACAAGGCAAGCAAUCGACAGGACAUAGUCUGGGACGCUUCAGUGUCUCCACCGGUUGGAAGUCUACUGAGUGUUCCGGGCUCCACCCAAACUUCCGGGCCGCUGAAUCCGGGGCUACAUCUCCAGAACCGUAGUCGGAGAGGUUCUUCAAGGUCCAGUGGUAGCAGGAGGGGCCACUUUGGGUGUCCGGGAUCCGAACGGGCGACCUCCCCGACAGUUGUUAAGAAGAGACGCUUGGCAGCAAACGCCAGGGAACGCCGUCGUAUGAACGGAUUGAACGAGGCGUUCGAUCGCCUCAGAGAAGUGAUACCGUCGUUGGGUGAAGAUCACAAACUUUCCAAGUUUGAAACUCUGCAAAUGGCCCAGACGUAUAUUUCGGCACUCUGCGAUUUGCUGGACCGCGGGAAACGGUGAUAGGGGCGAAGGGAGACACAAUAGACGCACUGAGUCAACAAGUGGGAAGCUUAGUUCACAGUGAGCCGACGAACGUCACAUAGGAGUUGCGAAAUUCUAGACGUCGUUUGUAAAAUCUAACCACCAAUCACUGGCGUAAUGACGCGAUCUGUGUUCCUGGCUGCCUAUUGCUUAAGGCGACGUUCCAGUCUAAGGGACCUUGGCACGUGUUUACGUUCAGUACACACCAAACGCAAAUAAAACAUCGCAAAUCAUUUGAUGGUUAAUGUGUUUAGGCUUACAUGCAUUGCAGGACGGCACAGUAUAUGUGGCUGAGUCACUCUAUUGUCAAUUGUUAUAUUUAUUUUAGAAGGUGUUAGUGAUAAAUCUGUGAUCUCAUGCAUUUCUAGAUCAUAUUUAAUAGGCCAGUGUAAUAACGAAUAAUAACUGUCAUAUGUCGGCAUUUCAAAUAGCCUAAUUAUUCUGAUGUGCGUCUUAUAUUUUACUUUGUUACUGGGAUAUUUUUACGAU